AUGGCCAGAACAAGGGGUAACAGGAGACCUCCGGCAGACGAAGAAUCUGAUAGCGAAGCCACUCAAUCGAUGGGGAAUAGGAAUCGAAAUCGAAAUGACGUUAAUACGCUGGCCCACGUGCUUGCACAAGCACUGAGAAGAGUAUUGCCCCAGCAACCCCAUCAACCUCAAGCAGAAGGUGGAAAUGGAGUAGUAGCUCAAUUUCGAAGCAUGGCACCGCCAAUUCUAAGAGGGAAUGAAGGACCCUUAGGGACCGAGGAGUGGAUGCGCCAGAUGGAACGCGUUUUCAACUACAUGCGUUGCAGGGAUGACUUGAAAGUGACAUGUGCAGCCUUCCAACUAACAGACGACGCAGGACACUGGUGGGAGUCGGAAACUGCUGCCCUUACUGAAGAGCAGAUGAGAGCCACCACCUGGAGAACGUUCAAGGAGAAAGUGAUGGGAAAGUAUUUCCCAAGGGCUUUUCGCAAACAAAAGGAGAUAGAGCUCAUGAACUUGGAACAAGGAAACAUGACCAUUUUGGAAUACGAGCGGAAAUUUACCCAACUAGGCCGUUUUGCUCCCCACUUGGUGGACACUGAUGAAAAGAAGGCUUGGAGAUUUGAGAAUGGGUUACGCCCUGAGAUCGGAGGGCACUUAGCAGCUCUAAACAUCACAUCAUACUCGGAAAUCUUAGAACGAGCCCAAGCAGUCGCAUCACGCCUGAAACUGGACAACUCUGUGGUUCGACCUCAACAUACUGGAGAAAAGAGGCACUGUGAUGAUCGAGACAAAAUGAGGAACUCCCAGCCAGAAAAGAAAUCAAGGAGUGAUGUGGGAGACGACCAAGAAUUGGCGCCGCACAAACCUCUUUGUCCACGUUGUCAGCGUUACCAUUUCGGAGAGUGCAAAUCUGGCGAGAACGUAUGCUUCCGAUGUCACAAAGGAGGACACAUGGCGAUGAACUGCCCAGAAGCACGGAGUACGAAUGUCCCGAACAACAACAACGUCCCGACUUGGCGAAAUAAGGACAAUAACUGGGGAAGAAAUCACGGCAACAACAACAACAAUAUGGGGAGAAACCAGAACUACAACAACAAUGGUGCCCGCAAGGGAGAGGCACGAGUUUAUGCCAUGAACCAGGAAGAGAUGGAUGGAGAGGCUCGAACUAUGUCAGGUAUCUUACCCGUUCUGGACAAGUUUGCUAUAGUACUCUUUGAUUUCAGUGCUUCGCAUUCGUUUAUCGCAAGAAGAUUUUACGAAAAGCUGAUACAACCCUUGAAGGUAAGAAUUCCCUCAGGAAAGGUGGUGGGAAUACAUCGUUUGACAAGGGAGGAAAACUAA